AAUCGAAAAGCUUUAACCGCCUCGUGUCUGCCUGCAAUAUACGCAACUCUCUCUCAUCCCUUACCACUCUGCAUCACAUUCACAGGACACUCGAAAAAGAAACGGAUCCAAGAAAAAGACAAAAUAACGAUAACAGAAAACCCUAACCCUAGCCGCGAUUCCUCUUCAUCUUCCUCCCUUCAUCCAUCCUCACGGCCUCAUCUUCCUCUCUCUCUCUAUACCUAUCUCCCUUCGCCUUCCCAGUUUACACUCCUUCGUGGUUACAUACCUAGGUUUACAGGCUGUGGUUGGUUUGCGAUGAUGGUAAAUGAAAUGAAACGGUAAAUUGACUGAUAGAGAAGGGAGGAGAUGACCGGAGGAAGAUAUCACCGUCGGAAGGAGAAAAUGGACAUCGAUACGGACAUGGCUUGUGAUAUAAACGAUGAUAAUAAGCCUUGUUCAGUUUCUAGGGUUCCGGCGGAUUUUCCGGCCGACAACAACAACAGCAACGACCGGGAGUUUGUAGGAGUGGACUUGUUUACGCAGGCACGGAAAGCACUUUCUGACAGGUCUCCAUUUGAUACUGAGGAUGCUAAUGUAUCUUCUAUACCUAUACUUCCAACUGGUUUGGCAAAUUCGCUUACUAAGCAUUGUGAUGGUCGGAAGAGGCAGAAGAAGUCUAGUUCUGGUGCAGCGGCUAAUGUUAAGGGAGGUGGUGGUUUGGAGAAGACUCGAGGUUCUAAUUUUUGGGGGAAGAUGGAGGAAUAUUUUAGAACUUUGACAGUUAAUGAUAUUGAUUUUUUAAGCAGGACGUCUCAUUUUUGCUUUUCUGAUUUUGAGAACUACUUUAGAAUUCCAGUACCAGGUAAUGCGAUUUGUACGUCUGGCAAUUUGGCAACACUUAUAAAUGCUAAUGGGGGAAAUGGAAACGGAAAUGAAAAUGAAAAUGGAGUUCGUUCUGAUUCUUUUACUGUUGUUAAAGAGGAAAAUCUUGAUCAAUCUAUGGAUGUUGAUAGUUCAGGAUCAGAAGCUAAUUGUUUGAAUCAAGAGGAUAUUUCUGUUCCUUCUACUUUACUUCAGCAACAUCCGUUUAGCGGGUUUGAGUGGCUAUUGUGUGCUAAGAACAAGAUAUAUCUGAGUUCUGAGCGGCCAUCUAAGAAAAGGAAACUUUUAGGUGGAGAUGCUGGUUUAGAGAGACUACUUGCUGCUUCUCCAGUUGAAGGGUCAACAUCUUUGUGCCAUUAUUGCUGUUUGGGUGACUCUGGCGAUCAACUGAACCGUAUAAUUGUUUGCAAUUCUUGUAACAUGGCAGUUCAUCAGAGGUGUUAUGGUGUGCAAGAGGAUGCGGCUGAUUCUUGGUUGUGUUCAUGGUGUAAACAGAAGAAUGGAGUCCCCAGCUUGGAAAGACCUUGUUUACUUUGCCCCAAACCUGGUGGUGCCUUGAAGCCAGUCCACAAAAGAGAUUUUGUGGAUGAAAACUGCGAUGUAAAGGAUUUUGCUCACUUAUUUUGUUCACAGUGGUGCCCUGAGGUCUUUGUAACGGAUACCAGAACAAUGGAGCCGAUUAUGAAUGUUGAUGGAAUAAAAGAAACACGGAGAAAAUUAAUAUGUUAUCUUUGCAAGGUGAAACAUGGUGCCUGUGUUCGUUGUAGCCAUGGAGCCUGUAGAACUUCUUUCCAUCCUAUAUGUGCAAGGGAAGCAAUGCACAGAAUGGAGGUCUGGGGGAAAUCUGGGUGUGAUGAAGUUGAAUUACGUGCAUUUUGCUCAAAACACUCAGGUGUGCAGAAUGGUAGCAGCAAUGAACAAUCAGCAGAUCUCUCAACAGUUAGUUCUGAGCCAUGCAGUACAAGGCAUCAAUCUGUGACAGUAACAAUAAACAGACCACACAAGUUAAAGAUUGGUCGAAAAAAUGGAGACAAAAUCAUACUUCACCUUGGAACUGGUUCUGAUAAUGGUAAGCCAGAUGGUAGUCCACCUAGCAAUUGUGGGCUGCAUGAAUCUGGAUCUAAUUCUAGGACCCAGACUGAGUGCAGCGAUGUUGAGCUUCCAGUUCCUGUGGAAGCAUUUGAAAGAACUUCCUCUAAGGAGGAGACACAGGAAUCACCAAACAUCAGAAUCAUUCUGACCGAGUUAAUUAAUCAAGGCAAGGUUAAUUUGAAAGAUAUAGCUUCAGAGACUAGCAUACCUCUUGAUUCGUUGGCCGCUUUUCUCAUAGAUGAUUCUCCUGUGCCAGACUUGCAUGGUGAAGUUGUGUCCUGGCUCAAGCGUCAUGCUUAUAUAGGAUCCUUGCAGAAAAAUCUUAAAGUUAAAAUAAAAUCUUCAAAGAAGGCAUUGGAGCCUGUUGGAGGUCAAAAUACAUUGUCUAGCAAUUCGCCUAAAGUUGAAGGCGGUCCAGAUAAAUCUUCAAGUAGCGUUUGCUUAGCAACUGAGACCUCUCAUAUUGAGCAGAGAAUGUUGGAUAAUUUCGAAUCAGUUACGAGGAAUGAUAUACCUGAUUCAAUGAAAACUGAAGCAGGUAAUAGUGCAUUCAUUCACCCUCUUAUUGGUCAAGAAUUGAUAAAAGCAUCAAAUGCUUUAGGGAACCCAGAAUCUUCUAUGAUGUAUGCAUCUUCCAGAGCUGAUGGAAUUUCUAACCAUGGAUUUAAUAUGGAUCAGUUGGACAUGGUUAGAAAUUUAAGUCCUUCAGAAAUCUCUCCAGAAGAAGAUGAGGUUGAAGGAGAAAUUAUUUUUCAACAGCAUCAACUACUUCAGAAUGUCCUUUCGAUGAAACACCUAACUGACAACUUAGCUUUCAAGGUUAAGAAUACUCUUUCACAUGAAAUUGAUAGUGUGAGGGAGCAGAAAUGGGACGCUGUACUUGUAAAUCAGUACUUUUACGAACUUAGAGAAACAAGGAAGCAGGGUCGAAAAGAAAGGCGACAUAGAGAAGCUCAGGCAGUUUUAGCUGCUGCCGCCGCUGCCGUCGCUUCUUCAUCUAGGAAUUCAUCAUUCAGGAAAGACAUACUUGAUGAAUCUGCACAACAGGCUAGUCUUUUAAAAGUAGAUGCUUUGGGUGGGAAUUCUAGCAUGUACUCUCAUCAACAACGAACAAAAGAUGCUGCGACAAGGUUGUCUUCUCAAUUGGUCUUGAUGGAUAGGGCUUCAGACCAGUCUAUGGGAGACAUUACUAAAGACAAUCUCAGAAUUUGUGAGAUUUGCAUGCGCAAUGAGACAAUCUUGAGCCCUGUCCUUGUCUGCUCUAGAUGCAAGGUGUCUGUACACUUGGAUUGCUACCGCAGUGUUACUAACACUGCAGGUACAUGGCACUGUGAACUCUGUGAGGAUUCAUUGACGUCUAGAAGCUCUAGUGUCCCAGCACUUAAUUCAGAAGAUGGGCCUAUACUUGCUGCAGAAUGCUGUUUAUGUGGUGGCAAUACUGGUGCAUUCAGAAAGUCUGUUGAUGGUCAGUGGGUCCAUGCAUUCUGUGCAGAGUGGACAAUGGAAUCAUCAUUCAAGAGGGGUCAAGCGAAUCCUGUGUGCAGACUGGACUCAACCUUGAAAGGGAACGAUGUUUGCCUCAUCUGUUGCCGUAAGAAAGGUGUCUGCAUAAAGUGCAAUUAUGGCCAUUGUCCAAGUACCUUCCAUCCUUCUUGUGCUAGAAGUGCUGGCUACUACAUGCAUGUCAAGGCUGGUGGUGGUGGGAAGUGGCAGCACAAAGCUUAUUGUGAUAAGCAUAGUCCUGAACAGAAAGCAAAGGCUGGAACUCAAAAACAUGGUAUUGAGGAACUAAAGAAUGUAAAGCAAGUUAGGGUUGAAUUGGAGAGACUCCGGCUGCUAUGUGAGAGACUUAUUAAAAGAGAGAAAGUAAAGCGUGAAUUAUCUCUCUGCAGAGAAGAUGUUGUUUCUUCGAGUAGAGAUUCUUCGCUUUUAUCUGCUCUGGUUCAUAGCCCCUACUUCCCAGCAGAUGGUAGUUCAGAAUCUGCUACAACCUCUGUCAAAGGUAACACUGAUGACUGUAGAUCUGGUAGUGAAGCUGUGCAGAGAUCAGAUGAUGUAACUGUUGACAGCACCACCACCGUUUCGGGAAAGAGACGCAUUAGGUUUACAUUGUCAAUGGACAACGACCAAAAGACUGAUGACAGUUCCACAUCUCAAAAUGUUAUGCAAAAACCUUCAGAUAGGGUGUUGUUUGGUGGGAAACACAUUCCUUACAGACAUAAGUUGGUUCCUAGACCUCUUUUGGAUGAUGGGGAUAAGUGGACAAAGCCAAAAAAGCUUGGUGAAACAUUUGAAAAGGAGCUGAUAAUGACAUCAGAUCAAGCAUUGAAGAAGAACCAACGGUUACCAAAGGGAUUUGUAUACGUUCCUGUUCAAUGCCUUUCUAAUGAGGAUGAGUCGAUUCAAGAUCCUUAUUCUGAUAAACCAUUGGAACAUGAUUGAUAGCUCUCGCUCGGUUGAGAUAUUUAUGAAGCAAUGACGUGGAAAGCCUGGACAAUGAAUGUUUUCUUGUGUAGUUUAAAAAAAUGAAAUUGAUGGAUUUUUGUUUUAAUCUCUAGUCCAAAAAUUGCUGUCAAGCUAGAGAGCGAGCGAGCACCCCUUAUCUUUUGGACUUGUAGCUUCUGGUGGGUAUAGAGUUGUUUCAGGCUCGUUGUUGUAUAUACAUUAUGUACAGUGAGUGGGCUAGGGAGGGAGUGUUGGCUUAAUUUGGUUGGUCUCAAUGUUAGUUUUUAUUUUUUAUAGAGAAAAUUAUAAGCUCCAUUGUACUCAUUUUAAAAAGAAUUUUAGAAGGUUUGGCUCUGUUAAGUACCCAUGUACAUAAUAUCAUGACAUCAUUGCCUUAGAUUUUAGAAAGCUGCAUAAUUGAACAGAAUUAUUUGCUAGAGAUAUGAUUACUUUAUACAUUAUUGGUUUUCUUUUC